AUGGACGAGCACGAUAUUUUCAAACUGAUUACGGCGGGCGUUCGCUUCACCAAGAGGCCCAAGAAGGAGGCACCCGCAAAAGAGCAGCCACAACCUGCGGUUUCCAAGAAAGAAGAGCCGGUGAAGAGCGAAACUUCAGAUGAGGAUGAUGAAGAAAGCACGGAAUUCCGCCUUUUGGCAGGAGGAACAGGCAGCCUGCCCAAGCGCAAGAAGUACAAGGAGGGCAAGGCGCCCUCCCCUAAGGAAUUGGAGCUCCAAAAGGCCGCCGAUGAGGCAAACGAGACGAGGAAACAGAACGGCAUCAGUGUGCUGGGCAAGAAGGUCCCGCCACCGGUUUCCAGUUUCGAGGAUCUAACCAAAAACUUCAAGCUGCUGCCGCGCCUGCAACAGAACCUGCUGGCCCGCCACUUCGACCGGCCCACGCCCAUCCAGAUGCAGGCGCUGCCCGUGCUCCUCCAGCGGCGCGCUUUGAUGGCCUGUGCGCCCACGGGAUCCGGCAAAACGCUGGCCUUUCUCACGCCCCUCAUCGAUGGUUUACGGUCGCACAAGACCAGCGGCCUUAGGGCCUUGAUUCUGGCGCCCACCCGCGAGUUGGCCCAGCAGAUCUACCGCGAGUGCGCGGAACUCACGCGGGAAACUGGACUGCGCACCCACUUCAUCAGCAAGGUGAGCGAGGCGAAGCAGAAGCACGGAGCGGAGUGCAAGCAGCGCUACGACAUCCUCGUUUCCACACCGAAUAGGGUAAGAUUCCUGCUGCAACAGGAGCCACCGCUACUGGACCUCUCGCUCGUCGAAUGGUUCGUGCUGGACGAGGCCGAUCGACUGAUGGAGGAGGGUCAGAACAACUUCAAGGAGCAGCUGGACGACAUCUACGCCGCCUGCUCGCUGCCCAGCAAGUGCGUGGCCUUCUUCAGUGCCACCUACACGGUGCCGGUGGCCAAGUGGGCGCUGCGGCACCUCAAGAACCUGGUGCGCAUCACCGUGGGCGUGCAGAACAGCGCCACGGAGACGGUGCAGCAGGAGCUGCUGUUCGUGGGCUCCGAAGGCGGCAAGCUGGUGGCCAUGCGCGACCUGGUGCGCCAGGGCCUCCAGCCGCCGGUGCUCGUCUUUGUGCAGAGCAAGGAGCGCGCCAAGCAGCUGUUCGAGGAGCUGCUCUACGACGGCAUCAACGUGGACGUCAUCCAUGCCGAGCGCAGCCAGCAUCAGCGGGACAACUGCGUGCGCGCCUUUCGCGAGGGCAGCAUCUGGGUGCUCAUCUGCACGGAGCUCAUGGGCCGCGGCAUUGACUUCAAGGGCGUCAAUCUGGUGAUCAACUACGACUUUCCGCCCACCACCAUUUCGUACAUUCAUCGGAUAGGCAGGACGGGGCGAGCAGGACGUCCAGGUCGAGCCAUUACCUUUUUUACACAGGAGGACACGGCCAAUUUGAGGAGUAUUGCCCUCAUAAUUAAAAACUCUGGCGGUUCUGUCCCUGAGUACAUGCUGCAAAUGAAAAAGGUCCGCAAGUCGGAGGCCAAAAUGCGGGCCAAGAAACCUUUGGAACGCGAGGAUAUAUCGACUAAAAUACGACCGGAGGCGAAAAGCGAGGAGACUCACAAGGCAGGCAAACUGAAGAAAGUUGAAAAGACGGAAAAGGUGAUGAAAAAGCGGCAGGGCGGGGAAAAUGAUUCAAAGCCAAAGCAGAAAAAGUUGGACAAAAUCAAAGGCGACCUCAAAACGGCGGAAAAGAGAAAGGGAAAAGCGUCAAAAAUAAAAAAGAAGAAGUAA